AUGUGCACUGACUAGUCUCGUUGAACAUGUAUACUCCAAUAUCCUUCGCGCUCCUAGUAACGUCAUCCCUGUUCUGCCAGCUGGUUACCUCUCAAACCCAUGAAUCCACCGAGUUACAUCUAAUACACCGUGUUGUGCACCCUGACCUUCCUGUGACACCAUGGGCUGAGCUCGGAACUGUCACCGUCCCAUCCUUCAAAUCCAUUUCACCCACUGGCUCAGCUGCCUCAUUGUCACUGGCAGAGUCAUUACGAGAUGACCUUACAGAGUUCUCAGAGGCAGUCGAUCCUAAUAUGCAGGGUGCAAUGUACCACGUCGCAAUUGAGCGUCCAGAAUCGGAGGGGCCAGUAUCGAGUAUCAAAGCAUGUCUACUCCCUUCCUCCACAUCCGCAAAUGUAGUUAUCCAUUUCUCUGCGACGGGAGAACCAUUUGCGAUCGACUAUUCCGUUUCGCCUGUACCUCAAGAUGGAAUAUGCCCUGUGACGAACAUGGGGAGCUACCCGGCACAUAAUGCGAGUGUGGUACUCAAGUCACCACGGAUGGCGCCUCUACCUGAGUUGCGGAUCCCACCUCCGCUUACGCCUGAAGGCGAGCCAGUAGCACCCGUCCCUGAGAAAAGUUUCGUGCAGAAGUAUUGGAUAUAUAUGGUUGUUGUUCUCGGGGCAUUGCUGAUUUCUGGGCCUGCCGAGGACUCUCCUAGCGGGGAUGGGAAAGGAGGGAAGUAGAAUCACAUAACUUAUCAUGUUAACUUUCUGAAGAGGCUCUGCCACUGUAAGCCGGCGCAUGUCAACGCGAGGAAUUGGUUCUGCCCUGAUCGUGAAUGCGGUUACGACGAUGAUACAGAAAAAGUUGUUUUUGAUCAGCUGUGACAGUGCUCUUGAGCGGUCAAGUGGAAAAUAUAUAUCAUCGACUUGCUUAUCAAAGUAGCAG